AUGCCUAGAUUAGAUUUCCAGACGCUGGGGCAUUUUCGUAAAAUAUCACAAACGGCGAGACUGAGUAGCGACGAACUGGUCGUUCAUAGGGACUCCGAAGAUAACAACGAAACGACGCCUUUCGAGUUCACCGACGCUAACAUGACUAGACUACAGGCGCUAAUCAAAAACUAUCCAGAAGGUUCGAAACGGUCCGCGAUGGGUGCCGCAUUGGACCUCGCUCAGCGUCAGAUGGGCUGGGUCCCAAUAUCCGCCAUGCACAAGGUUGCGGAGAUACUUGGCGUACCUCGAAUGAGGGUUUACGAAUAUUCAACUUUUUACACCAUGGUCAAAAGGUCUUUCAAAGGCAAGUACCACGUGAAGGUGUGCACGACGACACCAUGCAUGAUCAUGGGGUCGGACAUGAUCCUUCAGGCUGCGGAGCAAGCGUGCGGGUGCAAGGCGGGCCACGUGUCCCCUGACGGCCUCUUCGGCGUGGAUGAGGUGCAGUGCGCAGGCGCGUGUGCGAAUGCGCCGGUGCUCGUCGUUGAAGAUGAUUAUUACGAAGACGUUACGGUGUGUGACGUUGAGCAGAUUAUCUGUACCAUAAGGAACGGCGGAAUACCUCAAGCAGGACCUCGAAGUGGCAGAUUUGCCGCCGAACCCAGCUGUGGGUUGACGAGCCUGUGCAACGAGCCACCAAAACCUGGAUACGGCGUGCAGCCUGCGCUGCUGAAAAAAUAAAUAUCUUGCAAUCAAAGUAAAUAUUAAUUACGUACAAUGUUUCUGUUU